GUCGGGGGAGGGUGGAGGUUCAGCAGUACAGGCAGGCUAAGCAUGUGUGUCAGACACGACAGGGUCGUAUAGUUCUCCAGCCUUUCUCAUCAGUGCAGGGCAGUUCACCGCAAUCGAGCAGCGACUAUGGCUAAAAAGCGGAAGAUCUCAUUGUUGGAGGCAUGGGUCCGGAAUCGGGCCGCGCAACCGAAGAAAGCAGAAAAGCCGAAACUAUGGCCGCAACAAUCGGCGUUGCUGAGAGACCCCGAGCUGGUUUCGUCUCUCGUCCAGCAGAAUGUGAAGAUGGCAUGUUUGCUUCUCCCCGCAGGCACCGAUGUGUUCCGCCGCUUCACGCCGGAGUCGCUGGCCGAGUGUGAGCGACUCAAGGCCGAGGCAGAUGCCGAAGAGGCUCAGAGGAAAGCCCAGAACAUUGAGAUCCUUGAAGAGGACCUGCCCAAACCCUCCAAAGACCUGGAAGUUGGAAAAUCCUUACCGUUUAUCUAUGGAGACCCUCCACCUGAGCUCCUUAACAUCCCUCUGGAAGAGCUCGAUCCCUACUACAAAUCCAAGAAAACUUUCAUCGUGAUCAGCAAAGGGAAUACAAUCAACAGGUUCAACGUGGAUCCAGCCUGUUACGUUCUCACCCCCUUCAACCCCAUCCGCAGGGUUGCCAUCCGAGUACUCAUACACUCAUUAUUCAGCAUGUUCAUCAUGGUGACGAUCCUGUCCAAUUGUGUGUUCAUGACCAUGAGCAACCCGCCAGAAUGGAGCAAAAUUAUGGAGUACGUGUUUACGGGGAUCUACACCUUCGAGGCUCUGAUUAAAGUCUUGUCCAGAGGGUUCUGUAUCGGAGACUUCACAUUCCUUCGAGAUCCAUGGAACUGGCUGGAUUUCAUGGUGAUCAGCAUGGCGUACAUCACUGAGUUUGUGGACUUGGGAAAUGUCUCAGCUCUGAGGACCUUCCGUGUGCUUCGAGCCCUGAAAACAAUCACCGUAAUUCCUGGUCUGAAAACCAUCGUCGGUGCGCUGAUUCAGUCCGUGAAGAAGCUGGGAGACGUCAUGAUCCUCACCGUCUUCUGUCUCAGCGUUUUCGCGCUCAUUGGCCUGCAGCUGUUCAUGGGAAUUCUGCGCAACAAGUGCAUCCAGUGGCCUCCUGCAAGCAUGAAUGACACCAUGGAUACCAACAGCACUUUCGACUUUGAACAGUACUUCGACAAUAAUGAGAAUUACUACCACCUGGAUGGUAGCUUAGAUCCACUGCUGUGUGGAAACAGUUCGGAUGCUGGGCGAUGUCCCGAGGGAUACGUGUGUAUGAAAGCAGGGAGGAAUCCGAAUUAUGGAUACACCAGCUAUGACAGCUUCGGGUGGGCCUUCCUUGCCCUCUUCCGCCUCAUGACACAAGACUUCUGGGAAAACCUGUUCCAGUUGACUCUCCGGGCAGCAGGGAAGACCUACAUGAUCUUCUUCGUAGUCAUCAUCUUCUUAGGCUCCUUUUACCUGAUCAACCUGAUUUUGGCGGUGGUGGCAAUGGCGUAUGCGGAGCAGAACGAAGCCAAUAUGGCUGAAGCUAAAGAGAAGGAGGAGGAGUAUGCCAAGAUCAUGGAGCAGCUCAAAAAGCAAUCUGAGCUGAAAAAAGCGAUGGUGAAAGAAAGCACGACAUCGCUCUCGAGCGAAAAGAAACACGACGGCGGCACUGAGUAUGAUGAGAAUCAUGAAGAGCAUGGCACUGCCCUAAAACACAGAGAGUCUACCGAGGUGUCCAAAUUAAAUGGAUCCAAAGGAAGUAUGGACUUAAUAGAACUACCUGGCCAGCACAACAGGAAAGCCAGUGCAGUGAGUGCUGCAAGCCAUACACUAGAAGAAUUAGAAGAGUUGGAAAGACCAUGUCCACCUUGCUGGUACAAGUUUGCAGACAUUUUCCUAAAGUGGGACUGCUGUGCACCAUGGAUCAGAUUCAAAAAAUGGGUGUACUUUAUUGUGAUGGAUCCUUUUGUGGACUUGGGCAUCACCAUCUGCAUCGUACUAAACACGGUGUUUAUGGCCAUGGAACAUUAUCCGAUGACUCCUGAGUUCGAACAUGUGUUGUCUGUUGGGAAUUUGGUGUUCACGGGCAUCUUCACGGCUGAGAUGGUCCUCAAACUCAUAGCGAUGGACCCAUACUACUACUUCCAGGUCGGCUGGAAUAUAUUCGACAGCAUCAUCGUGACCAUGAGUCUUGUGGAACUCGGCUUGGCUAAUGUACAAGGGCUGUCUGUGCUCCGGUCCUUCCGACUUAUGCGUGUCUUCAAGUUGGCAAAGUCAUGGCCUACCCUGAACAUGCUGAUUAAGAUCAUUGGUAACUCUGUGGGUGCCCUGGGAAACCUGACCCUCGUCCUGGGCAUCAUCGUCUUCAUCUUCGCUGUGGUGGGCAUGCAGCUGUUUGGGAAGAGCUACAAGGACUGUGUUUGUAAAAUCUCUCAAGAUUGUGAAUUGCCACGUUGGCACAUGACAGACUUCUUCCACUCCUUCCUAAUUGUGUUUCGGAUCCUGUGUGGCGAGUGGAUUGAAACCAUGUGGGACUGCAUGGAAGUGGCAGGCCAGUCCAUGUGCAUUAUCGUCUUCAUGAUGGUCAUGGUGAUUGGAAACCUGGUGGUCCUGAAUCUCUUCCUGGCAUUGCUGCUCAGCUCCUUCAGUGGAGACAACCUGGCAUCGUCAGACGAAGAUGGUGAAAUGAACAACCUGCAGAUUGCCAUAUCAAGAAUCACCAGGGGCAUCGACUGGGUCAAGGCCUAUAUUAUCACGCACAUAAGGCGCUUGUUGGGCUUGAAUCCGAAGGAAGAGGAGAAGAAAGGAAAUGAUCUAGUCCUGAACCACGUGGUCACAGUUGAGUCAGAGGACGAGACCAAGGAGGAGCUGAAACAACUUGACGGUGCUCUUAGAAUGGCUGUUGUUCCUAUCGCAAAGGGAGAGUCUGAUGUUGAAAGCCCUUAUGAUGAUGAAAGUUCUUCUGAGAACGAAGAGAAUAUCGAUGAAAAAAAGAAACUGAACGAUGCAGACGAUUCGUCCAGCUGCAGCACCGUGGACAAACCUCCAGAGGCGGAAGAGGCGGAUUCAGAAGAUGAACCAGAUCCCAUCACCCCAGUGGACUGCUGCACAGAGAAAUGCAUUAGACGCUGCCCAUGCCUGGAUGUGGACAUCACCAAGGGCAGAGGAAAGACAUGGUGGAACCUCCGUAAGACCUGUUUCGCCAUUGUGGAGCACAACUACUUUGAGACCUUCAUCAUCUUCAUGAUUCUCCUCAGCAGCGGUGCCUUGGCGUUUGAGGAUAUUUACAUUGAGCAGCGACGAGUGAUUAAAAUCAUUCUCGAAUAUGCUGAUCAGGUCUUCACCUACGUUUUUGUCAUUGAGAUGCUCCUGAAAUGGGUUGCGUAUGGCUUCAAGACCUACUUCACGAACGCUUGGUGCUGGCUGGACUUCCUCAUUGUUGAUGUCUCGCUGAUCAGCUUGACGGCUAACAUCCUGGGUUACUCGGAGCUCGGCCCCAUCAAAUCCCUGAGGACCUUGAGGGCUCUGAGGCCGCUUCGCGCCUUGUCCAGAUUUGAGGGAAUGAGGGUGGUGGUUAACGCCCUGGUUGGAGCCAUCCCAUCCAUAUUUAACGUGAUGCUGGUGUGUCUGAUCUUCUGGCUGAUCUUCAGCAUAAUGGGCGUGAACCUGUUUGCUGGAAAAUUCUACUAUUGCUUUAAUUAUACCUCUGAAGAGUAUUUCCAAGCUGAUGUGGUGAACAACAAAAGUGAAUGCUUUGAUCUGAUCAAUUCCGGUAUGGAUGAAACGCGAUGGAUGAACACAAAGGUCAACUUCGAUAACGUGGGAAUGGGCUACCUCGCCCUGCUGCAAGUGGCAACAUUUAAAGGUUGGAUGGACAUCAUGUAUGCUGCUGUGGAUUCUCGUGAGGUGGAGAUGCAGCCAUAUUAUGAGUCAAACCUCUACAUGUACCUGUACUUUGUUAUUUUCAUCAUCUUCGGGUCGUUCUUCACACUCAAUUUAUUCAUCGGUGUCAUCAUUGAUAAUUUCAACCAACAAAAAUCAAAGAUAAGAGGGCAAGACCUCUUCAUGACAGAGGAGCAGAAGAAAUACUAUAACGCUAUGAAGAAACUCGGCUCUAAGAAACCACAGAAACCGAUCCCACGCCCCCAGAACUGCUUGCAAGGCUUCAUCUUCGACAUUGUCACAAAGCAGUUCUUCGACAUCCUGAUCAUGUGCUUGAUCUGUCUGAACAUGAUCACCAUGAUGGUGGAGACCGAUGACCAGAGCCAAGAGGUUGAAGAAAUCUUGUACUUCAUCAACUUCAUCUUUAUUGUCUUAUUCACUGGCGAGUGCGUGCUCAAGAUCAUCGCCCUGCGACAGUACUACUUUCACAUCGGAUGGAAUAUUUUUGAUUUUAUCGUGGUCAUUCUUUCAAUCUUGGGUUUGGUCCUAGCAGACAUCAUUGAGAAGUACUUUGUUUCACCCACGCUUUUCCGCGUCAUCCGACUUGCCAGAAUCGGACGUGUUCUGCGUCUGAUCCGAGGUGCUAAAGGCAUCCGGACUCUGCUGUUCGCCUUGAUGAUGUCCCUCCCUGCCCUGUUCAACAUCGGCCUCCUCCUCUUUUUAAUCAUGUUCAUUUUUUCCAUAUUCGGCAUGUCCAACUUUGCCUAUGUGAAAAAAGAAGCCGGCAUUGAUGACAUGUUCAAUUUUGAGACCUUUGGAAACAGUAUAAUGUGUCUGUUCAUGAUCACGACCUCCGCCGGCUGGGACGGGCUUCUGUCCCCUAUCCUCAACAACCCUCCCGACUGCGACCCGGACGUCGAGAAUCCCGGCACGGAUGUGAAGGGUAACUGCGGAAACCCUGGAGUGGGAAUAGUGUUCUUUUGCACCUACAUUGUGAUGUCCUUCCUUGUGGUGGUCAACAUGUACAUCGCCAUCAUUCUGGAGAACUUCAACGUGGCAACGGAGGAAAGCAGCGAGCCUUUAUGCGAGGAAGACUUUGAGAUGUUCUACGAGACCUGGGAGAAGUUUGAUCCGGAUGCUUCGCAGUUCAUCGACUACAACGCGCUGUCCGAUUUCUGUGACACCCUGAAAGAUCCGCUGAGGAUCCCGAAGCCGAACAUGGUCAAGCUGAUCAGCAUGGACCUGCCAAUGGUACCCGGGGAAAGGAUCCACUGUCUCGACAUCCUGCUGGCUCUCACAGCCGAGGUGCUCGGCGAGUCUGGGGAAAUGGACAUGCUCAAGUCGAGUAUGGAGGAGAAAUUCAUGGCGAACAACCCCUCUAAGGCAUCGUACGAGCCGAUAACCACCACUCUUCGACAUAAGCAGGAGGACGUGGCUGCUAAGGUCAUCCAGAGAGCCUACCGCAAAUACAAACUGAAGUGUUCUCACACAAAGGGAGCCCACAGCAUCAGACAAAAGCACGAGAAGCCUUUAUGUGUAGCUCUGCAGAAUGAGGUGGUCUUACACUCUGCCCCUUUCGCCAUCCCUGACUCGACCUAUGUGGACAACUUGAGGGAGUCCACUGUGUAACAACAUCUUGCAGGUUUUUCUGGUCACAUAUCCAUCAAAUUAACAAUGUUUUCACAAAACUGCUUGUUCACUUCCAAAGUUAUCACUUCCCUAAUACGGAGGGAAUGUGAGCGUGAGCCGCUUUAGCGUUCCCUAUAAACAAGUUAAGAACUAAAAUCAGUGAAGAAGCCAGUGGCGUGAAUGCUUUAAAAAAAAGAAAAGAAAGAAAGUCAGUCUGUCAUGUAGCAUUAAUAUGUUAAUUGGGCUCCAAUUUCCUAGUCCCAGAAGAAAAGUAGAAAGAAGUACAAAUGUAGCAUGGGACUUUUAGAUAAUCUGUGAAUAUUGUUAGCAUGGUGCAAAUGAAGAAGGUUUUUUUUUUUUUUUUGGGGGGGGGGGGGGGGGGGGGGGUUAAAUUGAUAUGAAACAAAGAAAGGAACCUAAGGAAUCUACAGUGGAUAGACCUAAAAAGUCUACACACCCCUGUUAAAAUGGCAGGUUUUUAUGAGGUUUUUAAGAAUGCCACUAAGAUAAAUCGUCAGAUCUUUUCUCACCUUUAAUGUGCAAUUGCAAAGUGUACAAUUAUACAAAAGUUCAUUAUGAUAUUAGUAUGCCUUUUGGAAUUGGUCAUCAGAACAUAACAUGUUGCCACAUGCUUUGGGGUGAUUUAGUUGGGCUUUUUUGUGAGAAAGAGCCACCCUACCCCAUAAUGAUAAUGAAUCUUUAUUGAUACAUUACAGCAGAGUGAAAUUCUUUGCUAUGCAUACCCCAGCAUGUUAAGAGGUUGGGAUCAGAGCGCAGGGUCAGCAAUGCCCUGUCAGUCAUGAUACAGCGCCCCCUGGAGAGCAGAGAGGGUUAAGAGCUUUGCUCAAGGGCCCAACUGUAGCAACUUGGCAGUGCUGGGGCUUGAACCCCAGACUUUCUGAUCAAUAACCCAGAGCCUUAACCGCCAAGCCACCACUGCCCCACCCACAUUUUGCACAUUUUGGACAGACGUCCAGUUCUUGGUGUUGUUACUGUGGUGCUCCAUUUUCUCCGCUUGUUUGCGAUGGCCUUCAUGGUGUUCCAUGGUACAUUUAAUGUUUUGGAAAUAUUUUCUACCCCUCUCCUGAUCAGUACUUUUCCACAGUGAGACCCUGUACAUGCUUUCUAAGCUCUUUGCGGACCACGGCUUCAGCAGCCAGAUGAAACCAAGAAGAAAAUCCGACAGAAAGAGCUGGUCUUUAUUUGGGUUUGAUCACAAUCAUUUCAUUAAAGACAACUGUAGGAUAGUUACUUUUAAACACGAGAUCGAAUGUGAUUGGUUCAUUCUGAACACAGCCACAUCACCGAUUAUAAACGGGUGUGCACACUUGUGCAAUCAGGUUCUUGAAAAAAGCCCUCCCCCCCCCCUAUUUUUCCCUAAAAUGUUUCUGUUUCAAUGUUUCACAUUGAGCGUGGGAAAAGUUCUGACAUCAUUUAUCCUGAUUUUUUUUCCCAUCACAAAAUCUUGCCAUUUUAACAGGGGUGUGUAGACUUCCUAUAUCCACUGUAUUAGCUGGCUAGUUUAUUGCUAGUUCAUGAGUUUUUGCUGCUCGAACACAGCAAACGAAAACAAGCUUUCGUGAAGGCUUCCUUGUUUCCCCCUCAAUUUAUAGUGCAGAUAAGCAGAGCUUGCUUUGAAAAGGACGUCGCGUCAGACUGAAACGGCUUCUGGUCUACAGUCUAGCAGUGAUGAUGAUUUGAUUCCUCGUGGCUCAGUUCACUUGCUUGAGUAAUGGAGAAAUAAUGAAGUGUGCUGGAAACAGUAUUUGAACGCAACUUUGGACACGCUAGCAAUUUUACAUACCAAACCUGCAGUACUGUGAACAACAACAACAACAAAAUUAUUGACUUUGUUUUGACUUUACUUUCUUGGCUUAUAAAAGCUUAGAUUAUAAAAGCUAUGCAACAUUAGGUUUAAAAAAAAAAACAAACGAAAAACAAAACAAAAAAAAACAUUUAUCAGUAUAUUUUGGUUUUCCUGAGACUUUCUUGGAAUCUAAAUUUUAAUUUAGAUCUGAACCAGUUCGGAGUAUACUCAUAUCUGGAUCCACAAAUUGUUUAAAAUGGAAUAAAACACAGAUCUGCAUAUUAUUAAUAGAGUAGUUUAAUUGUAUGAGCCAAGAUAGAUACAUUUGAGGUCUUAAAAGCUUUUUACUGUUCAACUUGUGAACUUGUACGAAUGUGCACGAGCCAACUUGCAUGAAAAGUUACUGGCAGUACAAAAUGAAUGCCUCCUAUGAUUUUGCCGUAGGCCUGUUUAUCCGUUUAAAAAGUUCAUACUGCUACAAUCGUAGAAGCUAGCUUUUCAUUUGAAUGAUUUAUUAUUGUAAAUUUUCCUUUAUAGAUCUUGUGCUUAAGUUUUAUUACAGUUUAGUCGGUGUUAUUGCCACAGACCAAACAAAAUGAUACAGAACAGCAAUUAAAGUAGGCAGAUCAAAAUCCUUGAGGAUCUGCUCAGAUCCUAAGGUGACUCUAAAGGAGUGUUUAAUUAAAUGCACGAGCACUUAGUGAUUAAAGCUGUUAAGACUCAUCGACAGCACCAGUAUUAACUGUUCAACAGAAAGCAUAAAUAUGUGGUGUGUGCUAACUGGCUAAGUAGGGUGAUAAAGAUUUUGGCCUUUUUUCGAUUACGAUAGAUUUAACUGAACCUAAUUCGACAUUAAAUUACAUCACGGGAUUACGUUACUUUACUGUCCCAUUUUUACUUCAUGUAAUAAUAAACAUUUCUUUAUUCGUUUAUACCUAUUCCGUGGUUAUUCCAAUUAUUACCGAUUUGUUGGAGUCUUGAUAUAAUUUAAACAAGAACACGACUUAAAAUAACGUUACCACUUUUGAUGGGCAGCGUAUAUAUAUAUAUAUAUAUAUAUAUAUAUAUAUAUAUAUAUAUAUACGGUUUAUUUGUUUAAAAAAAUAUAAAAAUAAGAUAAAAAAAUUGAGACCCGAGGUCAGAUUUUUCCCUGUUUAUAUUUAGUUAUGAUCAAAAGUUGUAAAAAAAAAAAAAAAAAUUUUUUAAAAUAUCUUUAAUCUUUCAAUUAUGUUGAUAAUGUGUUUACAAUGAGUGCACUAAAAAGCUUCUCUCUCUCUCUCUCUCUCUGUCCUCUCUCCCUCUCUCUCUUUCACUCUCUCUCUCCUCUCCCUCCCUCCCUCUCUAUCUCUCGCUCUCUCCUCUCCCUCUCUCUCUUUCUCUCGCUCUCUCUUUCACUCUCUCUCCCUCUCUCUCUCUCUCUCUCUCUCUCUCCCUCUCUCCCUCUCUCUCUCUCUCUCUCUCCCUGUCUCUGUCCUCUCCCUCUCUCUCUCUCUCUCUCUCUGUCUCUCUCUCACUCUCUCUCUCCCUCUCUCUCUUGCUCUCUCUUUCACUCUCCCUCUCUCUCUAUCUCUCUAUCUCCUCUCUCUCCCUCCCUCUCUCUCUCUCUCUCUCUCUCUCCUCUCCCUCCCUCUCUCUCUCUAUCUCUCUCUCUCUCUCUAUCUCUCACUCUCUCUCCCUCCCUCUCUCUCUCUAUCUCUCUCUCUCUCUCUAUCUCUCACUCUCUCUCCCUCCCUCUCUCUCUCUAUCUCUCUCUCUCUCUCUAUCUCUCACUCUCUCUCCCUCCCUCUCUCUCUCGUUCUCUCUCUCUCUCUCUCUCUCUCUCUCUCUCUCUCUCUCUCUCUCUCUCUCUCUGAAACCUCUGUCUUAAAUACCCCCUGCAGGAAGAGUAAAGAUAUCGGGUUAAUAUUUUACUUUUCACAUCUACAUAAAUAUUAAUGCAGUAUACAGGAAGGUGGAGCUCUUAAACCCAUCCUUCAGCUUCACAUUCUGUCUGAAUUAUUCAUUAGUGCUAAUAAAUAUGUGUAGCAAUAAUAAUAAUAAUAAUAAUAAUAAUAAUAAUAACAACAACAACACUACAAAUAUAAUGUAACAUACGUAAUGGUACAUAAUGCUCAUGUUACAUGAUGCAAACACUAACAGACGCUUAAUUACAAUUCUAAAAUAUAAAAAGCAACUGAAUCGUCAUCUUGACAUGUUCUCCGUAUGUGCGUAAAGUCUUCACUGGCAGCGUUUAAAUACCUAAUAGUGUAUUUCCAUUAAACAUCCUACUCCGAAGGGGAUUAUUCUUCUAUAACGGCACUUCCUGAAAUGUCUUAUUCCUCUUAUACCACAGUGAUUAUAACCCCAGCAGUCACAUUUCUUUCAUUAAGUAAAGAAGAACUUGUACUUUAAAAAAAUAUAUAUAUAUAUAUAUAUUUAAUGUUGUGGAAUGUCUUUGAAACAGGUUACUUACGUUAUAGCGGCUAUAAACAGUCAUUCCCUCACCAGCCUAUCCUUUUCCUUGCGCUAGAAGUUAAUACGAUAAAAAAAAACAAAUAAACAAAUAAAUAAACACCUUUUUCUGUGGCAGAAAACUUAUAGCUAAAAAAAAAGCUCAGCCACUGGAAACUCCUUCCAUAAAACGUUAAACAAUCAUCUCUUUACAGACUACUUUGGCAUGUAUGUGUUUCGAUCUGUUUAUGCGAAUCGGCCACCAUUUGCACAAACUGAUACUAGAGAAGCAAUGACGCAUGAGUUACAGCUGAAGUGCUGUCAGACCUGCUGUUUGAGAAACUUGAGAGAACGCAACACCUCCUGACCAAUCAGAAUCAAGAUUUCAAUAGAAGAUCUGAUCGUUUCUGCUUCUCGAUCCAGUUCCCAAGAACGCCACGUUUUUGUUUUUUCUAAAUUAAAACCAUCUACAGUAAUAUCUGGUUCACAUGCGAGGAUAUGGGAAUUCUCUGUAUGAUCUCUAAAACGUCCCAAUUACCAAUCACAACCAUGAGGCACUUUCAUUUACAUGACAGAACUGUAUCUCUGUAGCACUGUAUUCUGUAUAAUUUGUGUAUAAAAUGUAUUUUUGAUGAUUUAAAAACUAAUAAAGUAGAAAACAUUUCUUUAAA